AUACUUGACGCGUGCAUAUUCCAAGAGAACUUCGUCAGGGGGGUUUGGGUAAACUUGACAGAAUCCAAAAGGCCCAGAGGCCAGAUGCCGCGGUUUAACCGGCGCCGUGCUCGCCCAGCCCAUCCAGAGCCGCGGCCACUGUACCUUCCGCGCCAACGCUACCAAACCCACCCCCCCUUCUCGAACCACCGCGAAACCCCAGGUCCGCCUCCUCGCCUUACCCUCCCCACCGCGCCGACGCGCGUACGGAAGGAUGCGGUGCGGGCGCGCCGCCGACGCGACUUGGUGGGCGGCGCGGGACCUGAGCGUGUGGAGGCGGUGGCGCUCGGGAGCUUACGCGGCGUGCAGGUCGGAGCUCGAGCGCGCAAGCGGGAGCUUAUGCGGCGAGUGGACGGGCAGCGGCGGAUGUAGAGCUCCUCCAGGCUUGCAAAGAUGGAACCUGAAGUGGAGAAUGAGAUAUGUCGGGAUCAACUCUGAGCAUUUACUGAUGAAGUGCAGCUGGAUGGAAUCUCGUCGGGUCAACUUUGCUUUAAGUUUAUCCUUUUCUGAAAAAGUUUCCUUUUGUUUGAAGGUUCUCUGCCAUUGUAUCUCAUUUGUGCCGAUGCACUACACCGAAAGCUUUAGUGCCAAAAUGCCUAUCGCUGUAUGGAAUUCAUGAGCACGGAAAGUUGGAGAAUGGAGGUAAUUAUAUGAUCUCUGAGGCCUGAAAUUCUAUCUAAAUUUUAGUGUGAAGUUGCUUCAGUUAUUGCAAAUAUAAGCAAUCUCGAUGCACCUUCUUGUUGUCAACUACAAAAUGUUAAGUCUCUUCAUCUGCACUGUAUCUCUUUUAUUCCUGAGUGCAAAAUGCUCGAAGGUUAAUAUUCAUUAUAUUUCUUCCGAGUUCUAACCAGUGGCAUUGCUGACCUCGUGCUUUUGCAGGUAAUAUUUUGACAUUGUUCCCUAAAAGAAUAUAAUAUGGAAUUUUUUUAGGGGAAAUAUAAUAUGGAAUUUCGGUAGAACAUGACAGUGCGGGGGUGCAAUUGGUAUGUCUAAUAACAUGUGAGGGGCAGCAUCUUGACCUAACAUUUAGAGAGAAUCCUAGUUUCUUUAUUUCUUUGUUUUAUUCCUAAGGUUGAAUUGUUGUUCUACUCCUAGGUCUUAUUUUUUUAUGUGGCACUGCUACCAGUUAUUAUGUAUAUCAGAAAUGUUUUGAUGCUCAUGGGAUUGUGUGACCUGAUUGAAACACGUGUAAUAUUAUGCACCCAAGCAACACUAGUAUAUAAUAAUUAAUCUGUUAAACCGCAUAAUUCAGCCACUUAGGUGGUUAUGAUUAGCUAGUCAUCAUUGCUAAUUGUUUUUAAUAAGGAAGCAGUGAUCUAGAAACAGGUCUACUAGGCCGCAUAAAAGGAAUGGGAGCUUCUAGUUACUAUAUAAUCAUCUGUAAAACCGCAUAGUUCAGCCACUUAGGUGGUAUAAUCACUACUAGAUGGGUAGACGAAUGACUACAUGUCACCGAGUACCAUAAUUAUUUUCUAUUUAAAUGAAGCUAAAAUAAAGCCUUGCUGCCCAUUCUUUUAGAAAUAGGGCAUCAUCAUGCUGUUCUUUUAAAUGAAGCUAAGAUAAAGCCUUGCUGCCCGUUCUUUUAGAAAUAGGGCAUCAUCGUGGUCUAAUGACGUUGAGCAUUAUUUGGCAGUGGUGUGAUUAAUUGCUGUCUACAUGCUACUGGUGCGAUAAGCCGAUAAAGAUAUUCUUUUUGCUAUUGUGAUGACGUAUUAGAUCUCGUUUUUAGGCUUUAGCUAUAUAACCUGUUGGGUCUUGACAAUGAUAAGAUAAACUGCUUUUUUCCAUGAAGCAGGACCACUAACACUAAUUAUUUGAGGAAAGUGGUAAAAGUUUCGUUCUCAUCUGUUCAUUUUUUCUUUUGAAUAAGGAAUGCCCACUUUCUCAACAUGGUACAUCCUUGAUGGAGCUUUCUGCUUCUGUCGUGCGUGCUACAAGUUUGCUUUUGUACACAACGAUCUCUUCUUCUUUUUUAUGGUUGUAUACAACAAUCUUAAUGCUGUGAUAUUUUUAAGAACGCUCGCUGUUCUUGCAUAUAUAUUCAUGCAUUUCGAUUGCAGCAGAAACUGUGUAAGACGUUUCUACCUUCUAACAAUACAUGCUCAUGGAGCUAGAGCUGUAGAGAUACCAUGCUAAGUAGAAGUUGAGCUUGAGAUGCAGGUCUUUUAGGGCUUACUUUUAUACCUCAUGCAUUUCCGUAAUGAAGCUGACACUAAUGCAGGUGUUAGAGCUCUUGACGGUGCUCGAGGGCCACGCACGAGAAGAAGAGAGCUAGGUGUAGCCAAGGACAGACUUGCCGGCUAACUCUUCAAGCUUCUCAGCAAAGCUUGAGCCGCCCCAGCGCCAGGAGCCGGCAAGUCAUCCUUGGCUGCAUCCCGUUCUCUGCCUCUUAGCGCAUGGCAACCGAGCAGAAACUAGCCUCUCCAGUAGUUCUAACACUACAGCGACAGGUACCACUCCCUCCUCUCCCUUGCUUCGCCUACCAUGACUGCUUUGCUUUGCUUUCAUGUGGUGUGGUCUGCAAGAGCGCGUUGCUAUGGGCUGUGGUAUGGUGUGAAUUUAUAGGCACGGGCAAGUUGGAUUUGGAAUAAUGUGGAGAUCACUGCUCAGUGAAUUCUUUAUUACAAAAAUUUCAACAUAAAGCUUACCAUUUUGGGGAUGGAAUACCAUCGUCCUCCAAUUGGCCAGCCUUGGUGCCAUCUCCAUUUUAAAAUUGAUUUUGUGGACCAUGUGGGCUCGGCAUCUUCUAGAUGUGCAGGGAGCCUCGUUUGUUGGGGAUGAGACUCGGCUGACGUAACUGCCAUCUGACAUGGUCGCUGAUGUGUGGGGCCACUCUUAGUGGGUCCUAUAGAUUAGUGACCAUAUUUCUCUGACGUGAAUGUCAGAGGAAUCAUUUUUGUUUCUUGGUUAGAUUAGGAUUGAGCUGUGCUAUUAGUGACUGCUGUUAUGGUGCAUGUGAGCACGCGAUGUGGCUCUUGAUCUAGAGUUUUUUUUUUUUUUUAAAAGCUACUGGAGUCGUCUUUGGUAUGGUUAUUCGUUUCUACUUCUUUGGAUUGCAAAAGAUUGGUGGCUUGGAUACAGUACAGCCCAUUGAAUUGUUGGAGAUGCAUGAAUAUUGCAAGUAAUCCUCAAUGUAUUAGUGGGGUUUUAGGACAUCCAACGUGAUUUUUGGUCCCUGCAUUUUAGGGCAUAAGUGGCUCGAACUUGAACCGGCAAACAAAUUUAGCACAAUUUCUUUCUAGAAAUUUAGCACAAAUCAAUUAACUGCUCUUUAUUUUGAUUCUUUGAUUCGACAAAGGACCUAGGCAAGUUCCAUUACGGAAGGACAGGUAGAAUCUACGAACAUGCUACAUGCUCCAUCUAUCACAGGCAUGCAGCAUGUACGUGCCUCUUAGAAUGCCGGAUAUUCUGUAACAAACAAGUUCUGUAGUUUGACAUGUUUGUAUUAAUCUCAUCAUUCUUCUAGGAAGAAAUAUCUACCCAAUAUAAAAUCAUUCGAUAUCCAGAUGGUUUUCUUUAUACAGUUUAAGUGAACUGUUUAUGAAGGCAAAAUCAUGCGUCGAAAGCCCCUUCAAAGUUCACACAAUUGUGUUGGAGUGGUGCAUAUUAAUAUUAUGUUUACAUCAUGUAUAUAAUCAGUAGAUUUGUUGUAAAAGGUAUGUCAUUCCCAGAGGGGAACCGAUGGAAAUUUGUUAACCUUGGUGAAGUUUCAUGAAACUUUUGAUAGACACAUCAAUGCAACACCCCAUAUGGAAACCCGUA